AUGGCCUGUCGCAGCCCCUCCCAGAGCCCGGCAGGCCCCGCCCCCAGCGCAGCCCCUCCCAGAGCCCAGCAGGCCCCGCCCCCCAGUGCAGCCCCUCCCAGAGCCCAGCAGGCCCCGCCCCCAGUGCAGCCUCUCCCAGAGCCCCGCUGGCUUGCCCUUGGUGACUCAGAGGCUGCAGGGUGUGGCAGGUUCCUGAAGCACCCCCUCCUUCAGGCUGCCAGCCCUUUCCCUCCCCAUCCAGUCUUCUAG